AUGGUCGCUAUUACUUCGACAGCGCCAGCUGUUGGCCAGAACAACCAAUCUGAUUCUUCUGUGGACAAUUUAUCAUUGAUCCUCGACACCUUAACAGCAUGCCUAAAUAGCGCAUCGACUUCGUUACCUUCAUCGACCGAAUCCGAAGACAAGAAUACGAGUCCGACAAUCGUACCCCCCUCAGACGGCAUUUCGCUUCUAGAUACAAAAGCCGAAUUACUUCUCUCAUAUCUGCAGAAUCUCGUUUUCCUCGUUUUAUACCAACUUCGAGGACGUGGCAAGACUGACAGCCAAGGGGAUGUCUCACUGGAGGAUAUUACUAGGAAGUUGACGGAAUUGAGGGUUUACCUCGAAAGAGGUGUCAAGCCUCUUGAAGGCAGAUUGAAAUACCAGAUUGACAAGGUUGUCAAAGCAGCAGAGGAUGCAGAGCGGGCGAACAAAAACCCAGCCAAAGCAGGAAAGAAAAUCAAUAAUAAGAAUGGAGAUGACAGUGACAUUUCCGAGGAUGUGUCCGGCGACGAAGAAGAUGAAGAAGAGGAUAGCGACGAUGAGGAGAUUGACGAAAUGGCCUACCGACCGAAUGUAACCGCGUUCUCGAAAGAUGUACCCAAAGCCGACAAAGACACUAAGACAACAUCGAGAGAUACAAAGGAGCAACCGUCAGAUGGAAUCUACCGGCCGCCUAGGAUCAAGCCAACCGCAUUACCCACGACCGAAAGCCGUGACCGUGAUCGUGAUCGCCGACCCAAGAAGUCGAGCGUCAUUGACGAAUUCGUCUCCGCAGAAAUGUCAGCCGCACCAAUGGCCGAACCCAGCAUCGGAAGCACAAUUCAGCGUGGCGGACGACAAGUCAUGUCGCAACAAGACCGUGCCCGUGAAGCCGAACGUCGUACAUAUGAAGAAACUAACUUUGUGCGCUUGCCCAAAGAGAGCAAGAAGGAGCGCGCAAAGAGAAAGGCGGCAGAAGGGCCUCGUGCAGGUGGCUUUGGGGGCGAGGAUUUCCGUUCAUUGGGCGAAGGUGCGGAUAGAAUUGCAAGACUUACCAAGAGGUCGGCCGGUAGCUCAAGAGCUGGAGCGUUGGAGAAGAGUAGGAAGCGAGCAUUCACAGAGGAUGGCCCUAGAGGCGACGGGGUUGCAGCUAUUGGUCAAAAUUUUGAAAAGAGGCGGAAGAAGGUGGAAGGAUGGAAAAAGUGA